AUGGAUCGUUCGUUAACGCCUCCGCUGCAGCGUGGCCGCGAAACUCCCUCCAAUGACAUAAUGAGCGCCUACGUGAAGAGCGAGCUAAGCGAAGAUCAUAGCGAGCAAACGCUGUCAUUUGAUUGUGUGAAGGAGAAAAGUGGAAAGAAGUCAAAAUCGGAGAAGAGUCGAGAGCACAUCCGAAGACCGAUGAACGCAUUCAUGAUUUUCUCAAAGCGACAUCGACCCAUGGUCCACAACAGGUAUCCAAAUCGCGACAAUAGAACUGUGUCGAAAAUUCUGGGCGAGUGGUGGUAUGCCUUAGGUGCUGACGAGAAACAACAAUAUCAUAAGCUUGCGACACAGGUGAAAGAGGCUCACUUCAAAGCUCAUCCAGACUGGAAAUGGUGCGCCAGAGAUAAAAAAACUAGAUCGGAUGAAACGCAUAUGGAAACUCCAAAAUCUGAAAAGUCAUUCAACUUCGACUUUAAAGUUAACGAUGAGUCAAGCUUCGUUGAAGGCUCCGAUAACGACAUCUUCAGUCCAACAACACCGACUCUACCGCGACCCACACCUCUGCGUAGAGAUAGCAUUGACAUAGGACUCGAGUCGCCAAUAAUGAGCCCGACAGUCGCAGGGCUCUCCAACUUUGUGCCUCCGUGUAUAAGUAUUCCAUCAUCACCAUUGAUUGGCUCAGCAUUCGACAUGAGCAUUUUACAAAAAGCCGUUUCCGGGCAGCUACCAUCAGUUCGCCCUCCGUCACGUUUCCUUACCCCACCUGCGAUUGGGACCAUUUCGCCAAUGCCAUCAAAUGCAAUAUCACCGAAUCUCUACAACUUUUGUGCGCCGUCUCCAAGCGCUGGCAGCUUGCUGCAAGGGCUAGGCUCCCCUUCACUCAACGAUUUCUCGCCGACAAUAUCAGCUUCGCAGCGAAUGUCACCAAUAAGCCCGAUGUGGAUAAAGAGUGCGCCGAUACUUGUAAGUCCGCGCUCGGGAGAUUCUGCGUUUGCGUUUCCGCAAGGGAAGUCCAUCUCUGCACUGGACCAGACAUUGAAUAACUUACAGGAUCGGAACGAGCAAAAUAACUCUAAAAUGAACGCCGUUGGCCGAAGUCAAAAGUUUGUGCUGAUGCCUACUCCUGCGCAGCGAGGCGUGGCGAAAGGACAAAAGCGUGCACUGAGCGCGUCGGGAGCAGAAGAAGAUUCGAAUUCCACGAAAGAUGCUGUCUCAAAAGGCAGCGAAAAUAAGACUAACACCGUGAAAAAAUUCUUCAAGCGUACCGACGAAACUAUGGACAGAGUGUUGGAUCAAGUCGAUUUUCAAAAUAAGUUUGCGAAGCUCCCGGAAUUCACUGUUGAUCAACUAAAGAGUGGUUCACCAGGAAGUCUGCCGCCUACACCGUCGAAGUUGAUCCGUAACUUAAUGGAGAAAGUCCGCUACUCACCUGGAAAUCCCCCUCUCGUCACGAACGCUUGUAGUGACAUCUUUUUUGGUCCAGCUUUCAAUAGUGCUUCUCCUGACCUAACAUCCACAGAGGACAUCAUACCAUGCAGCCCUCUAGACGAGAAAAGCGCCAGUAAGAAAUUGCUCGAACAGCGACGACUUCUAGUAUGCCAUUUAUUGGAGAGCGCUGGACUUUUUCCAUCAUGUAAGUGGAUGAAAUUGGAUUAA